AUGCUGCGAACAAUUGAAACAAUAGACAAUACAUCUUAUAUAUGGACAUCGAGAAUUAUCGGUUUCAUUUGGGCAUUUCUUACCGCUUGUUUUGCUAUUCUUGAUGUAUUUAUAUUUGUACAACCACAAUGGAUUGGCGAUACUUUAGUAAGUCCACGGGCAGGUCAUUUUGGUUUAUAUUCCUAUUGUGUAAGUACAAUAGCAGACUAUGAAUUUAAUUGUCAAGGAACAUGGACAGAUUUUGAAACAAUUCUUAAUGCACCUUUUGCUGUUGCUACAUUUUUCGUUGGUUUCUCUAUUCUAUUAAUCUUCAUAUGUCUCGGAUUAUUUAUAGUUUUCUUAUUUUUACGUGCUCGACUUGUCUAUUUUAUUUGUGCAAUUAUACAAAUGAUUUGUGCAAUUUGUUUAUUUAUUGCUAUUAUAAUUUAUCCAUCAGGUUUUGAUGAUGAGACAAUUCGAUUAGUAUGCGGACAAAAUGUAAAUGAUUUUAAUAUAGAUACUUGUCAAAUGCGAUGGGCAUAUAUAUUAGCUAUUAUUGCAUUUUGCAAUAUAUUAAUACUUUCAAUGCUAGCAUUUCUUCUUGGUCUUAAACAACCAAAUGUUGAAACAACGCGAAAACAGAUUCAUCAAAAACAUGUCGUAUCGAAAUAUGGUGAACUCAAUGAAGCAUUUGAUGAACGAACAUAUUCUCAACAAACAAUACAACGACGUUGA